GAAACUAAAUUGAAGCACCAACUCCUCAUAUAAAAACCGCCGAUGAUCGAAUUUGUUACAAUUCCAAUCCUCACUGCAUGUACCUCGCUUUCCACACAAUCACUCUCACACAAUACAUCAUCAAAUUCCCUCACUCUCACCCUUUUAUGAUUUUCCGUGCCCUCUUCUUCUUCUUCUCUCCUCCACUCUCUUCAACAAAAUAAAGAAACAGAGUGCAACCUGCCCUUCUAGUUGUGUUUCUUCUUCGUGCGUGUUCUGCUACAGGAUUUAGUUGAAGAAUGAGAGAACAAGAAGAAAAACCUGUCACAUUUCCAGGUGUGUAGAAAAGAAAAUAUCUCAUUUCUUUAACCAAUCGGGAUCAGGAAGAAAGUCUUAUAGGGCAUCAAUUCGUCCUCUCUGAUUUUCUUUGGAGCCUAUCGGGUGUUAACUGGUAAUUGUCUCUUAUAAAAGGCUCGUCUCUUCUACACCAUCUUCAUCUCUCUGUUCUUUUCCUCUGAGCUUCAUAAACUGACAGAAAUGGCGGAAAUUCCCAAGUUGGAUUUGGCUUCCAUUGAUGAGCUUUAUGGAUUAGAAGAGAAAAUGGGCCCCCAGAAAAUCUCAGUUUCGGAUCAUAUAAAUGGAUUUCACUACACAGCUGAUAAAUCUGAUAGCUUUGUGAUUGACAUGGAGAGUUUCAACCAUGCCAUCACAGAUAAAGAUGUAACUGCAAAUUCUAGAAUCUCGUUGCAGAGAAAUCUUUCAAGGAAAUGGUCACAGAGAGUUGGAGAGAAGAAGAUAAGCACUGAUGGUAAUUCAAAUGAUAGAGAUGUUUCAGGUUCAGCUAUAACUUCACCCAAAGGUCCUAUUACGCCCGAAAAGCCAGCGGUGGUUGCAGGGACUGCAGAUCACCCGGGCAGCCCACAAGUCCACCAUCAGAUUACCGUCACAGCGGCCAACAUUGGCACCACCACUGAUGGCAGAUGCAUUGCUAGGAGAAAUAGUUUCCGGCGUUCUUCAUCGUGGGCCGUUGAUCCCAAGAGGGUUCUCUUCUUCUUUGCAACAUUGUCAAGCAUUGGUACAAUCUUAUUGAUAUACUUCACACUUACAAUUGGCAAGUACAAUAUAGAGGAAAAUAGUCUUGAUUGGUAGCAAUGACAGAAGGUUGAAGGAGGUGUAAGCUUAGUAGUGGAAUUGCAGACACAAAACAAUACCACAUGGAAGAGUAAGUAAUUGAAAAAAAGUUGGCAGUUUUUUUUAUGAGAGAUGUGGAACAAAAUACAGAACAGAAAGAUGAUUCAGUUGGAAGUAUGGACAAAGCUAACAACAUUUUCAUCAUGGUGUGUGUUCAAAAAGCAAAUCCCAAAGCCAAUUUGUGCAGCAGGCCCUUUACAGUGUUAGAAGUGAAGACAAGAACACACUCCACUUUGACAAAGAGAAGGAAUCUUCUUCCUUUUUAUUUAUGUAGAUGGAUGAGCUCACCACAUGAUGUGUUCUUCUCCUUUUGUAAUAUAUUGUUUUCUCUGCACAGUUUAGUGGAGGUUUGUAAAGUUGCUUUUUUGCUCUCACUCCUCUCUUUUACAUUCC